AUGGAGGAACUGAGGAAUGUGGGGGAGAGGCCCCAAGCCUCCCCUUCGCCGCCACCGCAAGAGGAGCAAGACAACGUCGAAGACCCAGCCUUGCUUCGCAGCGUCUCCUCCACCUCCACGUGCUGCCUGUUGGGGUGUAUGUCCACCCAAGAGGCUCUUCGGGUGUCUCUACACUCUUGGGAGUAUUUGGAUGACUUCGGCAAAACUCAAGGCCCUUUUGACGCGCUGCGCGUGUUGAAGUGGAUUCAAAAUGGAUAUUUCGACAAAAGAGGAAAUAUGCUUUUCAAAAAAAAAGGAGAUUCCGAAUUGAAGCCUUUGCUGCAGUGCAUGCCGCAUAUCUUGACAGAGGCCUACGCCUUAAUGGUGCUGCGGAUGCAGCGGCCCGAGCCUGCUGCUGCAGCAGCAGCAGCAGCAGCAGAAGAGCCCCUGGAGAUGUUUGAGGCGCAGCCGAUGCAACUUGCUGACAAACUCAACGACGCAGAUGCCAUCCUCGAUGCCAAAAUGCUGCAGCGGAGCCUGGGCACUUGCGACUUGCUGCUGGUGCUGGUGCCUCCCAGAAGCAAAAGCAGCAAAAGAAAUAAAAGUGAACAGCAGACAAUUUUGCUGCCGGAAGAGUUGCUGAAGAAGGCCGGCGUGCCGCGGCGCGCGUACAGCAUCCCCGUGCACAGCGCCUUUCUGCGCCUGAGUUCGCCAGUUUGGUUAAAAGAAAUAACUCUUUUGGAAGAAAAACAAAAAGAGAAAAUGCGCUACUCCGACACCCCACAACGGCCGGACUUGCUGAAGUAUGUGAUGGAGUGCGAAUACCCCGAGGCUGUUCGUUGCAUAAUAAACUACAUUUACGGGUGA